AUGUCGGCCAUGCUUUCGGCUAUCGACGUUUACGAGACAGCUGGCACGCCUGAACCACCUCACAGAGGGCCACUUCAAGUUACAGUACCCGGCAUUGACCAGUUGCCGGUCGCUUCGUGCGGAUCUCGCAGACCCUUCUCUUUGCCCCCUUCCCCUGGUCGAUUUCCGCCUAUUUCUGCAGGAGAUCGGAAUCAACCCCCAAUACAGACGGGAGGAGGUUUCGUGUCGUCGUCACCAGGAUCGCCUUCAGCCUCCGCGCAUGCCACUUGCUUAGCCCUGGGACUCUGGGACGUGGAGAGAGCAGCCCAAAUCAGGCUAGGCUGGGUCAAGUCGCGCUAUCAUGGGAACCUCUCUGGUGUUGGAGUGCCCAUGGUGACGCGUAACUCUUUUCUCCAAACUUCCUUCUACCACGUUGACUGCUCCUCAACCUUUCACUUAUCGUUAGUUCUACCGCUAUAUGGCAGUUAA